GGACAUGAUACGGCGCUCACAAGAUCCCUCGUGUUCUCUCCCGAUCAUGUCUGCACGCCCAAAGGAACUUCGGCCCACACACUCCACUGUGCAACGCCCCGGACGACAUCGUGAAGCACACUUCUUCCACGGAGACACGUUGGAAAUCCUUGUACCCAGCUUUAUCUAGCUGCCGCCGCGACCACGUUCCCGAUCGAACAUCCGCACACAUCAGUUGCAGAAUCGAAAAUUUACCAUUUCGCGCGGACGCAUAUAAAGCACGGGAGGGAAUACACCGCGCUCCUCACUCAGCUUCGCCAGGUCUUCCGGUCCUGCACACACUUCCGCUUCCACGCAACCCGUCUUCUUCGCGCCCACUCACGACCAUUCUCCGACGAUCAUGGCGAGCAACGAAGUGCUCUCCUGGACCUCGCAGGACCCCCGCGACAGCCAGUUGUUUGGCAGCUACGGCGUGCUGUACCGCUUCCAGACCGACAGGAACAACCAGGGCCAGACCGUGACGACGCUCUGGCGAGCCAUCCGCGCAAACAAAGAGGACCGAGUGGCAAAACUCGAAUGGGCGCCUGGCGGAGGGCUCGGACGCGCAGUCAUUGGCAAGAGCACGCUGCCCAUGUCCGACCUCGUCCGCAUCGAUCCCCGCCAUUACAACUCGAGGGUAUUCAACGGCCCAGACGGCUACGAGUAUCGAUGGCGGCAGACGACCAACACGUACAAUGACAUCGAGCUGCUCGACCAGAACGAGAACAUAAUCGCGUUCUACCGCCCCACACGGCCCCAGCGGUACAACAUCGGCGAGGUCUACGGCGAGCUGCACUUUGUCCGCAAUGCCGGCGCGGGCGUCGUGAUGCACCCCCCGCUCAUGGACACCGUAACGGUUACCGCGAUGUUGUACCGCUGGGUCGUGGUCUACGGCGGAGGAGCACCAUCGUGAGCCGAGGGCCUCACGUCAUCGUCGUCCAUGCUGCACGCACGACGUGCACUCGCGCCCCGUUCUCCCUACGUACGCCCGUACACCCCCCUCCCACCGCGCCGACCCCGCACCGCGUUCCGCUCCCCGUCCGCACCGCAACCGAAAUGUACCAUUCUCGCAAAGGCUCACUUUAUAUCUAUA